UUUAUUAGCCAACAAGUGUGUACAUUUCACAGUUAUUUAGAGAAAACCAUUUGUGUUCUUGCUGCCUCGUUCUGCAUGGAUCAUGUGCAUAGUGCCGGAAUGCACAAAAACAUAAAAGUGAAAAUGACAUCAAACCCUACAUCUCCAGGUACUUCUUCUGACAGUUCCCCCAUAUCUCCUCAGUCUCCACCCAGAACCCUUAACCUGCCAAGAACGAGAGACCGUUCUCCAUCACCUAUGAGAGGUCACCUCAUUCCUAGCCCUCUCCCCACAAGACGGACAAGGACAUUUUCUGCAACUGUACGUGCUUCUGAGGGACCUCUGUCUAAAGGAGUCUGCAAAUGUUUUUCACGUUCCAAAGGUCACGGCUUUAUAACCCCAGAAGAUGGAGGACCAGAUAUCUUCUUACAUAUUUCUGAUAUUGAAGGGGAAUAUGUCCCAAUGGAGGGAGACGAAGUUACUUACAAAGUCUGCACCAUCCCACCGAAAAAUGAGAAACAUCAAGCGGUGGAAGUGAAGAUCACUCAUUUAGCUCCUGGUUCAAAGCACGAAACUUGGUCUGGACACAUAAUCACUUCGUAAACAGACAGCGAAAAGCUGGGAAUGUGUUACUGGUUCGUGUAGAGUUGAUUCAUUCCCAUUGGUCAAUAUACCUUCAGAUCACUGCUGUUAGUUCAUAUGAGUGAGACAAUAACCAACAAUAACAUCAGUGAAUCCCAUUUUCUUACUGGCGGAUAAUUCACACAAGUAGGUAGAAUACUGUGUCGUUAAUAAAGCGCUUACAAGACUAGUGGGCUGGACCAGUGUGGGGAUUACUUUAUUGCCGUAUGCUACUGUGGGUUUUUUUAGAUUUAAAAUCAAAUAUCAAAGUGAAAAUCUGUAUGUCUUGAAGUAAAAUAUUAUUUUGGGG